CGGCAGGGGGCGUGCAUCCGCCGUACCUCGGCCAGCUCGGCACCUUUGGGGGCCUGUGCGGCCCGGUGUGACUGGAAGGAAAAUGGAGCAAGAAGCCUAGCCUGAGGGGUAGCUCUUACGCCUCCGACCGAGGUCCUGCCGCUUUUGCCGCUAGGAGCCUCCUUCUCCUUCGGACCUAGUGAGUUCGAGCGCCCCGGCGGCCUGGGCCCGGCGAGUGGAAUGGUCGCCGAGGCCCAAGGCGUCGGGCUUCCGCGCGCCCCGUGACGGGAACUAGGAAGCCUCGAGCUGGGGCUAUUUAAACCAUGCUUUUUCCCAGCUGUAUUCACUGGCUGUUUGAGAGAGAGAACCUGUGGUCACCGACCUGUAGCAUUUUCUGCUGAUGUAGGCAAAUGUGCAAUACCAACAUGUCUGUGUCUACUGAUGGUGCUGUAAGCACCUCACAGAUUCCAGCUUCGGAACAAGAGACCCUGGUUAGACCAAAGCCAUUGCUUUUGAAGUUGUUGAAGUCUGUUGGUGCACAGAAGGACACCUAUACUAUGAAAGAGGUUAUAUUUUAUCUUGGCCAGUAUAUUAUGACUAAACGAUUAUAUGAUGAGAAACAACAGCAUAUUGUGUAUUGUUCAAAUGAUCUUCUAGGGGAUUUGUUUGGAGUGCCAAGCUUCUCUGUGAAAGAGCACAGGAAAAUAUAUACAAUGAUUUAUAGAAACUUGGUGAUAGUCAAUCAGCAGGAACCAUCAGAUUCAGGCACAUCUGUGAGUGAAAACAGGUGUCACCUUGAAGGUGGGAGUGUUCAAAAGGACCUUGUGCAAGAGCUACAGGAAGAGAAACCUUCAUCUUCAGAUUUGGUUUCUAGACCAUCUACCUCAUCUAGAAGGAGAGCAGUUAGUGAGACAGAAGAAAAUUCAGAUGAAUUACCUGGUGAACGACAAAGAAAGCGCCACAAAUCUGAUAAUAUUUCCCUUUCCUUUGAUGAAAGCCUUGCUCUGUGUGUAAUAAGGGAGAUAUGUUGUGAAAGAAGCAGUAGCAGUGAAUCGACAGGGACUCCAUCAAAUCCGGAUCUUGAUGCUGGUGUAAGUGAACAUUCAGGUGAUUGGUUGGAUCAGGAUUCAGUUUCAGAUCAAUUCAGUGUAGAAUUUGAAGUUGAGUCUCUGGAUUCAGAAGAUUAUAGCCUUAGUGAAGAAGGACAAGAACUCUCAGAUGAAGAUGAUGAGGUAUAUCGAGUUACUGUGUAUCAGGCAGGGGAGAGUGAUACAGAUUCAUUUGAAGAAGAUCCUGAAAUUUCCUUAGCUGACUAUUGGAAGUGUACUUCAUGCAGUGAAAUGAAUCCUCCCCUUCCACCUCAUUGCAACAGAUGUUGGGCCCUUCGUGAAAAUUGGCUUCCUGAAGAUAAAGGGAAAGAUAAAGGGAAAAUGUCUGAGAAAGCCAAACUAGAAAACUCAGCACAAGUAGAAGAGGGCUUUGAUGUCCCUGACUGUAAGAAAUCUACAGUGAAUGAUUCCAAAGAAUCAUGUGUUGAGGAAAAUGAUGAUAAGAUCACACAAGCCUCCCUAUCCCAAGAAAGUGAGGACUAUUCUCAGCCAUCAACUUCUAAUAGUAUCAUUUAUAGUAGCCAAGAAGAUGUCAAAGAGUUGGAGAGGGAAGAAACACAAGACAAAGAAGAAAGUGUGGAAUCUAGUUUUCCUCUUAAUGCCAUUGAACCUUGUGUGAUUUGCCAAGGUCGACCUAAAAAUGGUUGCAUAGUCCAUGGCAAAACAGGACAUCUUAUGGCAUGCUUUACAUGUGCAAAGAAGCUAAAGAAAAGGAAUAAGCCCUGCCCCGUAUGCAGACAACCAAUUCAAAUGAUUGUGCUAACUUAUUUCCCCUAGUUGAACUACCUAUAAAAGUAGAAUUAUAUAUUUCUAACUAUAUAAGCCCCAAAAUUUAGACAUGAAAUUUAUUUUUAUUUUUUUAGCUGUAUCAAAGCAAGAAAGUAUCUUACUACAUGUAGAUUUCUCCCAAUAGUGAAUAGUUACUUCCUUUUAGGAAAAUGCCCCUUCUGUUGAUAUUUUAUAUUUGGGUUUUAAUGUAAUUUGGAUUGGAUAUAGAGUUCAUCCUUUACCCCUCUACCCCCUUUUUUUUUUUGGGCUGCACCGCUCUGCAUGUGGAUCUUAGUUCCCCAACCAGGGAUCAAACCCGCGCCCCCUGCAGUGGUAGUGCAGAGUCUUAACCACUGUACCAUCAGGGAAAUUCCUACUGCUCGUUAUUUAAAAUAAUUUCCACUUUCUCUUAAAUGAGAAGUAUCUGACCUUUUAAAAAAUAUAUAAGUAGGACAUUUAAAUGUAACUUAUUCAGUACCUUUCAUGUAAGGAGGAAAAGUUCGUGUGAAAGAUUUAAUAUUUAAAUUUUACAUACUCUUAAACUUUCCAAUCCUUAGUUUCUCUAGUCUUCAGAGCCUCUUAAAAUAAGUCCCCUGCAUACAAACCUUCAAAUUGCCAACUUUC